UGAUGGAUUAAAAUCUGCCCCUAAGUGUUGCUGUUGCUAUCUUGUAAAUUCAGCAGGUGAAACACAUCUUGGCUGGUCUGGCUGGCAGGGAUUUCAUUGUACCAGAAAGUUCAAUGUUGCUUUGAGAUCUCUGGAGGAGAUGAGACAGAGGUCACCCAUGUCUGGCCAUGAAUAUAUGCAGAAAAAUAAACGAACAGCAAGACUAAAUGCUCAUUGAUGCUUUGAGAGAUGGUUGCAUUUGUGCAAUCUGCUGCUGUUUAGAAGCACCUUUGUCUGGAGGCUGGGGUUGCCAUGUGGGAGCAUCAGUUUGAGUGAUUGAUAAAAGAUGUGAUUACAAACUGGGAUAAUAAUUAAAUGAAUUGGCUGCAUCAAAAUAAGGCACUUUAAUGUUAAUGUUAAACUGCUUGCAGAAGUUUCUUGUAUAUAAAUGUGUCAUGGGAGUAACCCCCCAUUUUAUGUGACUGCUUGAAACUCUAAGAAGAGUCAAUUUGAUGAGAAAAGCUCUCCUAAUUCAAUUCCAAAUUUUUCCAUAGAACCAGUAAGGAAAACGUUUCUCACCAUUUAUCACAAAAACUCAGUUGAAGUCUUUGGGGGGAAAAAAACUGAUUUAGAAGUUUUUUCUUUUCAAAUUGAAUCUCAUCCAUAACUUUUCACAUGAUAAACCAUAAAAUAACAUUUUCAUGUAACUACUGGACUAUAAUAUGAUGCCAGCUCUGCACCUCCAUUACAUUAAAUUGCUCAACUGUACAGCUAUCUCAUCUUUAUGAGAUGACCAAAAUAUCUGUUAUAAACUUUGUCCAGUUUGUUUAAACUAAACCAGUUUGAGACCCAAGGAAACUAGGUAUUAUAUAUUGUAUAAUACCUCCCCUGUUUUAAUGUAUCUGCACACUUGCAUUGCAUGGAAGAGCUUUGCUAUAUGUACACAUGACAUUUUUCUAUGCCAUAAUCAUAGAGAAAGGGAGAGCCGCCGACUGCAGAUUUAGCCGUUCUUGCCACGGCAGCAAACAAUCAGCUUCAACACAUGGCAAUGGGGAUUAUUGAGCCGGUACACAAUCCACUUCUGAUGAAGUGACAUAGUAGUCACGAAAAGCUUUGUCUCCCUGCCCGCUUGUAUCUGUCAUUUUAAUAUGGAUUAAUAAAGUUACUUUUGUUUUACUAAGUUUCGUUCCACCGUGGAUCGUGUACCGGCUCAAUAAUCCCCAUCGCCACGUGUUGAAGCUGAUUCUGUGCCAUGAUCAUGCCUCUUCAUAUUUUUACCAAAAAAAUAAUGUUAGAAGGGGUUGUCCUUUGUUCAUUAAGGAUUCUUUCCAAAAUAGAUUCCACUGUUAGUCUAGGGAUCAAAUUUCUAAAAAUGAUUACAGCAGGUUUUGGAACGUUUUGAGUUUCUUGAAUUGUAUCCAUGGAACGUAGUGUGAAUGUGUUGGGUAAAAUAUCAUACAGUGUUUACCAGAAUGAUAUUUUUUUUAUAUUAAAAAAAUUCCCUAACUAUAAUUUUAAUAUUUCUUGAACAAAUGUAUCAAGUCUUUAUGAAUGUAUUUGUUUCUUCUAAACUAUUUGCCUUUCGCUUUGUCUCCUUCCUGGAAUUCCUUCUGCCACCUGGUUCGUAGAAACCACAAACUGGACUGAACCCUUUUCCCUAACAUUUCAUAUGGUCACUAUUAGAGAUGGAAGCACAAUAUUAAUUGAGACAUGAGAAAAACACAUUUCAAACAAAUACUCAUUCUCAUUUCCACAGUGAAUUCCAAUUCGAAUGCAAAUUGUUUUAUGUGUGCAACAGAUACAAACUCCUAGUAAUGAAAUUGCUCCUGUGCUUUCCUUGUCCCCCCAGUUUCCCACUUCUCAGCCACUUCUCCAAUUCUGGUUGGGUCUACUGCCUCCAUUCUAUGGCUGCUUGUAAAGUUUCCGAUUUCUCUGUGUCAGCCUUUGCCUUUCAGCUGUCCUGUUACCCUCAGACUUGUCACUCCCUCUCAUUUAAGGAGCAGUUUGUUUCAUUAUCUGAGAGGAGUAUACGAAGGAUCUCUGCACCUCUCCUCUAAGGUUUAAGUACCUUCUGAAGGCAAAACGUUCCAGUAGAUCCCAUCAGGUGAAGAAAUUGCCAAAAAUGUUUAAGAAGAAAGCAAAAGAAGAAAAUGAGUCCCCAGUCCCUGAUGCUCCGUUAAACGGGGAGCUGCCCAAUUCUGGUCCUAUCAUUUACUACAUCUAUGAAUCAGAGGAAGAGGAGGAAGAAGAGGAAAUCGAACCACCCCCAGAGCCCCCAAGGCCAGUCAAUGACAAACCACACAAGUUCAAGGAUCAUUAUCUUAAAAAGCCAAAGUUCUGUGAUGUGUGCGCCAGGAUGAUUGUCUUAAAUAACAAGUUCGGAUUGAGAUGCAAAAACUGCAAAACCAACAUUCACCAUCACUGCCAGUCCUAUGUGGAGUUCCAGAAAUGCUUUGGGAAGAUUCCUCCUGGAUUUCGCCGUGCAUACAGUUCCCCACUAUACAGUAACCAACAAUUUGCCUGCGUAAAGGAACUAAUGUCUUUCUCUGCUGCUAAUCGUACAGAUCCUGUUUUUGAUUCCCUGAGGAUAGGGGUCAUUAUGGCAAAUAAAGAAAGAAAGAAAGGACAGGAUGACAAGAAGAAUCCUAUGCUUGAGGAGGAACCCGAGGAGCCUCCACCAAAACCAGAAGAAGGAAAGCAGGAAGGAGACAUGCCUGACGGGGACAAGAAAGGUGACAAAGGUGGACAGGAUGCUAAGAAUAAGAAGGCACAGCCUGGGUUCAUGCAGUCCCAUUAUUUUGUUGCCUUAUAUCGCUUCAAAGCUCUGGAGAAGGAUGAUCUAGAUUUCCAAGCUGGGGAAAGAAUCACUGUAAUAGAUGACUCCAAUGAAGAAUGGUGGAGGGGCAAGAUUGGUGAGAAGACAGGCUUCUUCCCAGCUAACUUUAUUAUCCGUGUCCGAGCUGCAGAAAGAGUGCAUAAAGUCACACGGUCUUUUGUAGGAAACAGAGAAAUUGGACAAAUCACACUAAAGAAAGAUCAGAUUGUGGUGCAGAAAGGAGACGAAGUCAAUGGAUACAUCAAAGUGUCCACAGGGAGGAAGUUGGGUCUAUUCCCCUUAGACUUUCUGCAAGAAAUCUGAAGAAGGAACCAACUGGGAAAGCACAUCAGGAAGAACCUUCCCAAAUGCUCCUUACUAAAGGAGAGUCUGAUCCUUCAUUCACACCACUGUGGAUACUAAAGUGAGAGUCUUCCAAAAAGCAGUGUUAGUUGCUCCACUGACUCGCUCAGCACUGGGGUAGUUACGUGUAAGUGAAGUUGACCAGACCAAAACCUCAGAGGGUUUGACCAAUAUGUCAACACCUAUAGUUGCCUCCAAAAUGUAGAAAGAAAUGCCUGAAUUCCAUAAGAAGGGGACAUUGUUAAUCCCUUUCGUAUCUGUUGGUGCUCUGGUCCACUAACACAGAAGAUGUUCAAACCAUCACUAAACCUAACAACAUACACUUUAGCAGUGUGUUCAUUAACAAAAUAGAUUUUUUUUCUAAAUUUCCAGUUGCAACGUUAUGAUUUUUCUGUAGAAAUCUCCAUGCAGCAAAUAUACUACACUUGUUGCCAUUUUAGAGACUUAAAUUUGUGUUUAUAGUUGUGUUAUAGUCAGGACUGCCUUUAUGUGCUUUUCUUUGCAUGCAGUGGGUAUUUCAUAUGCUCUCUCUGUUAGCAAAACAAUUCAAACCUUCACCUAUAGCUCUAAAUGAACUUAUAGAGAUAGAUAAUUCAUUGGUCAUGAAGCCAACUGGUAGUUUACAAUAUGGCAUGUGACUAAAAGACUAUUUAAAAACCCUAUACAGAAUACUAGAUAAAAUGACUUCUUGACACAAGGGUAGAACAGAGCUUCAAGCAGAUGGUAAUUACAGGUCACUCCAAGGUGCUCUCUGCUUGUAGGGUGCCAAGUGCAGCUUUGCAGACAAUACUGUAGAGUUUAAAGGGGUCAGAGUUAUGUGCUGCCAUCCCAAUAUUAAAUGAUCCUUUUGGGGGAAUGCUGCUUGUUCUGUAGCAUGCUGACUCCAAAUAUUUGCCACCCAAGGCCAAGGCCUUUGUUGCCUGCCCACAAAUCCUGUUCCUACAUUUAUAUAAAUCAUGGGUAUUCCACCAGCAACUAUGUAUCUAGAUUAACACCCCUCAAAUCAAGAGCAAUAGGUACUUUCUUGCUCAAUCUCUACAUUCUCCAUCUAGAGGUUAUUCUCCACACUGCUGUGCUGCCUGCUUACUCAAAGGGUAAAUAUGUAGCCCAAGACUAUUAGUAUUUCUGAUGACAGCUCUGCUAAGAACCAUUAUUGUAUUCUAAUAAAAUAUGUUAAUUUUUAUUUACUGUAGCUGUAGCUUUACAAAUGCAUUCACAAUUAUAGAAGGCAGAGCCAUUCAGACAUAAAGGGGCAGAUUUAUCAAGGGUCGAAGUAAUGGGAAUUUUUUUUUUGAACUCCCAUAACUUCAAAAAUUCGAAUUAAAAAAGACCAAUUGAAAUGUAUCAAAAAAUCAAAGUUUUUUUUUUGCGAAUAACCCCGUUUCCUAUCAAUUUCAAAUGUACGUACGAAUUGGAGUAACAGCGCAUUCGAUCUAAUUCGAUUCAAAGUUUUUC